AUGAGCAGCGAGUCAGAGGACGGUACUGUGAAUGCAGAGGAAACCAAAUUUCCUCUGCGCAAAACACACCCACACCCUCUGCCACCAGUACCGGAGGGCAUGUCAAAAUCACAGUGGAAGAAAGUAUGGAAGAAGAAAAGGUGGGAGGAUUCUAAGGAGCAGUACGCUCUAGUGAGACGUGAGAAGCGAAACCGCGCAAAAUUGGCUCGAAGGGCUAAAAUUCAGGAGUACAAAGACCGUGGUGAGGAGAUUCCAGAAGAGCUCCGUCGUCCGCCCCGCAAAAAUAUGAACCAAACGGAUUCAGGCAUACAAAUAAUAAUCGAUUGUGCAUUUGAUGAUCUUAUGAAUGAUAAGGAAAUCACAAGUCUCAGCAAUCAAAUUACGCGAGCCUACAGCUUCAACAGACGUGAAGAUCAUUAUGCCCGCGUAAGAGUCACCAGCUUCGAUAAACGGCUGAAAGAACGAUUCGAGAGAGAUCUGGAAGACUCCCGUUAUAGCGAGUGGAAAAACUUUGAAUUCACAAAGGAUCCCCAGCUUCCGUUGCAAAAUGCCGUGUACCUCACUGCUGACACCGACGAAGUUCUGGAACGUUUAGAGCCAGGAACUACGUAUAUCGUUGGUGGAAUAGUCGACAAGAAUAGACAUAAACUGCUUUGCUACAACAAAGCGCGUGAGCUGGGAAUCCCUACACGGAAGCUGCCGUUAGCUCAAUAUAUUAACUUGACCGGACGAGAAGUGCUGACCUCUACCCAUGUAGUUCAGCUCAUGCUAAGGUAUUUCAAGAACCACGACUGGAAGGAGGCAUUUGAGGCUGUGUUGCCCCCGCGAAAGCUCGAGGACUCAUCGCGAAGCACUCCGGACGCCGUCGAAACCUUUCAAAAUCCCGAGGAUGCAGAAUCGGCAUCCGCAAUCGAGGCUGUUUCACCCGCGACCGAUGACUAG